CUCCAAUAUUCCGAGAUCAGGAUUAUGGAGAGCAAAGAGCGCUUCUGAAUCCAGUAUUAUCUUUACAGACUAAGUUAUUGCAUUGUUUUGAAAAUUUUGUUGCAUCAUUUCGUUGUAUAAAGUCAGCUGUAAUUGAAGAUGAUGAACUAACAACGAUCUCAGAGAUUCAUUCAGGAGCACGUCUAAAUGGCAAUAUCCAAUUUAAAAACCACAAUCUACAGCUUAAGAUUGCCAGACACCAAACAGACACAAAAUCCAAAAAUCAUACUACAAGAGAAUGGAAUGUUGAUUGUUAUGAUUCUACCAUUGAUGUCCGACAAUUUAAACAUUGUAUCAUUAAUGCUCCAAGUUCACCGUACGGAGAUGCCUUCCUUUCAUUAGAUCAGCCAGGCACCGAGUAUUCAAAUGAAGUUCAUCAAUAUAAACUGACAAAAAAGUCGGUCAGUCAAGAGAUAUAUCAACAAGAGCGUAAAAAAUCAGCCUCGGAAAAUGAUUUUUUCAUUCUCUUUACAACUGCAGAAAAUUGUAAGAUAGAGCUUCCAAAACGGUCUGGGAUUGUAGAUGGAAAUGUUUUUAGAGACUAUUUUGGGCCAUUUGCCGGCAAGAGCAUACAA